AUGUCGCCCGCGGCCCGCGCGGAGGCCGAGCGGCGGCGCGGCGAGGCCGCCGCGGCGGCGGCGGCCGCCUUCGUCGUGGCCGCGGCGGCCGCGGCCGCGGCGGAGGGGGAGAGGGGGCAGGGCGCGGAGGCGGAUGAUGCGAGCAGCGACAGCACCUUGUGGGUGAAUAUCCGCGAAGACCCUUACGACGACAGGUGGGACCUGGCGCAGGGCUGCGGCGACGACGGCGAAGGUUUUGGGGACGGCUGCGGCGGCGGCGACGGGGACGGUGACGAGUGCUACGAAGACGCGAUGGCGGUUAUGCCCGUGCUGUCAGCCGGCCUGAGCGGCGACUACGGGGCCAGGGUCUAG